UCAAAGCACCACCUGUCGUGUUUCUUCUGCGAAAUCAAUUUCUCUCUUCGCUUCGAAGUUCCAAAGAAAAAAACUACUCCUUUAUUUAAUCUCGCUCACAGUACACGCGUCCACGAAAAUUUUCCUGUAAAGAAAUUCUCAGAAAAUCAACAUCCAGAUUUCCUUUAGCAUUUUCCCGGCGUCCAAACACCACCUCCAUAAGUCAGCAUUCCCACCAUCAAAGUUAACUCCAUUUACUGUCCACACGCUUUCCUCUUCUUCAUCACCGAUUAUCUACACUUCUACACAGCUAACCACUAACCAUUGUCUCUAAGAAAGGGGAAAAAAAAAGGGGGAAAGAAGGACACCGCCAUGGCCGCUAACUCCACUGAACAUAGAGAGGUUGUUCUCAAAAUGGACGGGGAAGGCGAUCCCAACUCUAGAAACAUCGAACCCACUAACGCCGGGAAGAUUUGGAGAGAAUCGAGCUAUGAUUUUUGGAAUGGAAAAGAUAAAGACAAACUGCUAGUAGACAAUGGAAGUGAAAAUUUUGGGUUUGAUUUUUCUCAAAUUAACGCUACUGCUAGCGGCAGUGCAGCUGCAUCAUCGUCCACGGAGGAUCCACCCUCGAAGCUAAUUGGUCAGUUUUUACACAAACAAAAAGCUUCCGGUGAGUUUUGCUUGGAUAUGGAUUUGGAGAUGGUCGAGCUUCAAAACGAUGCAGUCGUCGUUCACCGGAACUUGGCGCCGGUUUCAGAGUCUCCAACCACAGUGAACCGCGUCUCCUUCGGCCCAAAUCAGCUUGGGUCUAGCGAGUCGGUGAGGAGGAGGCACCAAUAUAAAGAUUCGCCGAGCAAGAAGAGUACUGAUAGUGCUAGUGCUGGUGGUGGUGAUGGGGAGAUUUUGAAGUGUAGUUCUAGAAACGACGCGACGUUUUCCAAUAGCUCCUCGUUUAAGAGGAAAUCGCACUUGUUGAAGGAGAGGACAAAGUCGAGACUGAUGGACCCACCGCCACAGCCUCCGGAAAAAUCGGGGAGAGUGGUGGGAAGAUCAGGCCAUUUGAAGUCCGGAUUUAUAGGGAAAGGUAGCGUGAUUGAUGAAGAAGAGGAUGACCCCUUAUUGGAGGAGGAUAUGCCUGAAGAGUACAAGAAAGAUAAACUUGAUAUUUGGAUUCUUCUUCAAUGGGUGAGUUUGAUUUUAAUCAUUGCUGCUCUAGUUUGUAGUCUUGUUAUUCCAUAUUUGAGGAAUAAAAGUGUGUGGAAACUUAGUUUGUGGAAAUGGGAAGUGUUCGUUUUGGUGUUAAUAUGUGGCAGAUUAGUUUCUGGGUGGGUUAUAAGGAUCAUUGUGUUCUUUGUUGAGAGGAAUUUUCUUUUGCGGAAGCGGGUUUUGUAUUUUGUCUAUGGGAUCAAGAAGGCUGUGCAGAAUUGCUUAUGGUUGGGCCUUGUUUUGAUUGCUUGGCAUUAUUUGUUUGACAAGAAAGUUCAAAGGGAAACUAGGAGUAGAACUCUUAGAUAUGUGACCAAGAUUUUGGUGUGCUUGUUGGUGGGUACACUGUUAUGGCUUGUGAAGACUCUUGUGGUCAAGGUGCUGGCAUCUUCUUUUCAUGUAAGUACUUACUUUGAUCGGAUUCAGGAGUCAUUAUUUAAUCAAUAUGUGAUUGAAACACUUUCUGGUCCUCCAUUGAUUGAAAUAAAAAAGAAUGAGGAAGAGGAAGAGAAAAUUGCAGCUGAGAUACAGACGUUACAGAAUGCAGGUGCUACUAUGCCUGCUAACCUUAAGGCAACUACCUAUCCAUCACCUCAGGCUCAGGGUGUAAAAGCACUAGGAAGUGGCAGGAUACAGAAAAGCCCUCGAAUUGGCACCCCUAGGCUUUCUCGUGCUUUUUCUAAGAAGGCCAAUGAAGAAGAAGAUGGGAUAACAAUUGAUCAUUUGCACAAAUUGAAUCCUAAGAAUGUUUCUGCUUGGAAUAUGAAGAGGCUGAUGAACAUAAUUCGAUAUGGUGCUCUAACCACACUGGAUGAACAGAUACGUGAUACUAGUCAAGAUGAUGAUGAGUCAGCUACAAAGAUCAGAAGCGAAUAUGAAGCCAAAGCUGCGGCAAGGAAAAUUUUCCAGAAUGUGGCAAAGCCAGGGUCUAGGCAUAUCUACCUGGAGGAUAUAAUGCGUUUCAUGCAAGAAGAUGAGGCUUUAAAGACUAUGGGUCUUUUUGAAGGAGCAUCUGAAAGCAAGAAAAUUAGCAAGUCAUGUUUGAAAAAUUGGGUGGUUAAUGCUUUUAGAGAACGGAGAGCACUUGCUUUGACGUUAAAUGAUACAAAAACGGCUGUGAACAAGCUGCAUCGAAUGGUGAACGUUUUGGUUGGGAUCCUUAUAGCUAUUAUUUGGCUUCUCAUACUAGGAAUUGCUACAAGCAAAUUUCUUGUUUUUAUAAGCUCCCAACUCCUCCUUGUGGCAUUUAUAUUUGGAAACACCUGCAAAACAGUAUUUGAAUCUAUUAUCUUCUUGUUUGUGAUUCACCCUUUUGACGUGGGUGACCGUUGUGAAGUUGAUGGAGUUCAGAUGGUAGUGGAAGAGAUGAACAUUUUAACUACUGUUUUCCUAAGAUAUGACAACCAGAAGAUUAUAAUUGCAAACAGUGUUCUCGCUACCAAAGCCAUCAGUAACUACUAUCGUAGUCCUGACAUGGGAGAUGCUGUUGAGUUCCUCAUUCACCUUGCUACGCCAGCUGAAAAGAUUGCUGUUAUUAAGCAAAGGAUAACUUGUUAUGUGGAGAACAAAAAGGAACACUGGUAUCCUUCACCCAUGAUCAUAUUCAAGGAUGUGGAAGACCUGAAUAGGGUGCGAAUAGCAGUAUGGUUAACCCAUACAAUGAACCACCAAGACAUGGGAGAGAGGUUUACAAGGAGAGCUCUCUUGCUUGAAGAGAUGGUUAAAAUUUUCAGGGAGCUUGACAUCCAGUAUCGCCUGCUUCCUCUUGAUAUCAAUGUUCGUGCAUUGCCUCCUGUGUCGUCAGAACGUGUCCCUCCUAGUUGGAUGAUCUGAGCAACAAGUAAACAAAGAGUUGAGUUGAUUCAUUAUUAGUGUAAAAGAGUUCCUUUUUGGGACACUAGUGUGUAUCCAUAGUAUCAACCCUUCAGUGAAUGAGAAGUUUCCUAGUGUUGUACAAUUUUAGUUAUGUGCAAGGGAAAUAAUAUUUCUUUGUUCAAGUUAAUCAACAUAAUAACAUUAUUAUUAUUUAA